AUUCAAAUGGCUGAGAAAUCUAGCUAUCAUGGGAUUUACAUUUGCAGGAGGAAAGUUACCGAGAGGGAUCACUAAACUUGUUCACCUUAGAUGUUUGCGUUUACAACAAUGUGAACUUGCUAAGGUACCGUCAUCCAUGAGGAAUUUGGUAUACUUGGAUACCCUUGAUUUAACAGGUUCGGCGAAUGUUGAAGUUCCAAAUGUUUUUAAGGAGAUGUUGCGAUUAAAACACUUGCUUCUUCCUAUGUAUACAAAUGAAAACAUUAGAAAUUAUCGACUAAGAUUGGAUGAGGGAGUAUAUGAGUUGGAGACUCUACUAUGGCUUGAUAGUAGAUGCCAUGAACUUAAAUGUAUGGACAGAAUGAAGAAUCUCUGAUUGUUUAUAGCUAUAAUACAUGAUAAUGAAAGCUUGUCAGCUAUCAUGAAUGGCAUUAUGAACUGGAACAAGAUGCAGAUUUGUCGUGUUUAUAUUGAAGGAAGUUGUGACUUAACAAGUGAGGGAAUGCUGGAGAAAGCUUUGACAUGUCCCAAUCUUUAUGAUUUGAGGAUUUUAUCUGAGUCAGUGAAGGCUCUAGCAAAGUGCGAGGGUGAUUUGUUGAGCUCGAAACUUAAGCGCUUGAAUCUGCUUGGUUGUGAGAUUGAGGAUGACCCAAUGGGGAUACUGGGAAAGCUUCCUUGCUUGGUAACACUGCAAUUCAAGGAGGACUCAUUUGUUGGGGAGGAGAUGACAUGUCCAACAAACAGUUUUCUUCUCCUCAAGAAGCUAGUAUUAAGAGGUUUGCCAAAGUUGAGGGAGUGGAGAGUGGAGUCAGGAGCCAUGCCCCUUCUCUCUAAAUUAACAAUCGGAGAGUGUUCUUGUCUAGAGAUGGUUCCAGAGGGAUUGAGUGGCAUUUCUACCCUUCAGACUCUCGUAAUUAAACAUAUGCCGGAAUUGAGCGAAAGGGUAUCACCUUCAGGACAGGAUUUCCACAAAGUCCGCCAUGUCCAUUCAAUUAUCAUCAAAGACUAGUCUUCACCCAGGUAUCUCAUUUCUCACGUUGAUGUGUUUUCAAUAAAUUUGCAAGCAUUUGAUGGUUGGUUUUAUAUGCCAUGAAACUCUUUGGCAUAAUAAUGUC